AAAGGAGGCGAAGGGCGCUCCAGGGAAGGAAGAGAAAGCAAGGGAAGGGGGCUGAGGCGCGUGGGGCUGAGGCGCGAGGGAUCCCCGCGAGUCCGGAGGUCCCUCGGCGAGGCGUGGCGAUCCUGGCCGGAGGAGGGGCGGGCGGGGAAGCGGCGUGUCCGUCCCCACGUGGCGCUGACGCCGCGCUUGCUGCUCGCUGCCCGCCGCUGGGUUCCCGCCGAUCCCAGACCCGGCGCUAUAAAGGCGAGCCUCAGCGCGGAGCAGCAAAGACAGGCAAGCGCUCGGGAGAAGCCACAGAGGGAGCGAACCCUCGACUCAAUCACUCCCACCACCACCACCAACAGCAGCAGCAGCAGCAACCUCUCCUCGUCCUUGGUUUGGAUCUUGAAGAGCCCCCAGUUGGGUCUCUUCGGGCGAAGGUAACUUGCGGGUGGGAAGAUGAGGCGGAGGAAGGAAGGAGGCGGCUGAGAGUCUUCCUCCUUCUUCUUCUCCUCCUUUCGCCAGCCUUCUUUUCUUCCUUCUCUUGCUCCUUCUCCUGCCUUGCCGCCCGAGCCCUGCUGCCGGGUUGAUGUUCCCAGCGGAGGUCUCGUUGGUGGGGCGCGACGAGGGGGGCUUCUCUGCGGUGGCCUCCCACUUGCGCUCGGGGCAUCCUCCCUUGCCCAUGGAAGGCAACGGGAGCCUCAACGGGAGCCAGGGCGGGGCGCGGGAGGGGCCCUUCUCCCUCCACGUCACCCUGGCCCUCAUCUCCUUGGCCACCCUGCUCAUGCUGGUCAUAGUCUUCGGCAACGUGCUGGUCAUCAUCGCCAUCUUCACCAGCCGGGCCCUCAAGGCCCCCCAGAACCUCUUCCUGGUCUCCUUGGCCUCGGCCGACAUCCUGGUGGCCACCUUGGUCAUCCCCUUCUCCUUGGCCAACGAAGUCAUGGGCCAGUGGUCCUUCGGCAAGGUCUGGUGCGAGAUUUACACAGCGUUGGAUGUCCUCUUCUGCACCUCCUCCAUUGUCCACCUCUGCGCCAUCAGCCUGGACCGCUACUGGUCCAUCACCCAGGCCAUCGAGUACAACCUCAAGCGCACCCCGCGCCGCAUCAAGAGCAUCAUCUUCCUGGUCUGGGUCAUCUCGGCUAUCAUCUCCUUCCCACCGCUCAUCUCGAUCAUGAAGCAAGGAGAGCCCGAGCCCCCUCCUGGAGAACAAGCUGGCAGUAAGGAGCCCAAGUGCAGCAUCAACAAGGAGACUUGGUACAUCAUCUCCUCCAGCAUUGGCUCUUUCUUUGCCCCCUGUCUCAUCAUGGUCCUGGUCUAUGUCCGCAUCUACCAGAUCGCGAAGAGGAGGACUCGGGUCCCACCUGGCGAUAGGCCAGAGGCCGUGGAGAGGCGGCAGAAUGGGCUAUCCGGCAAGGAGGACGUCACUGCAGCUACCAAGUUGAACGGGGAGAAGAUGGCGGUGGCCGGGGGAAGCCACGACGGGGAAGAGGUCAACGGCAUCGACCUGGAGGACACCUCUUCCUCCGAGCACAACGAGACCCGCGAGCCCAAGAAGCAGGAGAAGCCACCCCGGGGCAAGGGUAAGACCAAGCUCAGCCAGAUCAAGCCUGGGGACAUCUUGCCCAGCCGGUCCGAGGAGGAGCGCAAUGCCAAAGCAUCCCGAUGGCGGGGCAGGCAGAACCGGGAGAAGCGCUUCACCUUUGUGCUGGCGGUCGUGAUUGGGGUUUUUGUCAUCUGCUGGUUCCCUUUCUUCUUCACCUACACCUUGACUGCUGUUUGUGAAAGCUGCUUUGUGCCUGAAACCCUCUUCAAGUUCUUCUUCUGGUUUGGGUAUUGCAACAGUUCCCUCAACCCUGUCAUCUACACCAUCUUCAACCAUGACUUCAGGAGGGCCUUCAAAAAGAUCCUCUGCAGGUUAGACCGAAAAAGGAUUGGCUGAGGAGGAGGAGGAAUGGACCUCCUGUUCUUUGUUGCCAAGGCCGAGUGUCUUCGAGUGGUUGGAUUUUGGAAGUUGGGUGGCAUCUCAUUUGGUUACUGAGCUUGAACUCUUCGGAGACUUUCAGGAGAGAUCAGCUUUGCAACUGCUUCCAAUCUUUCUUGAAAACGCAAUGUGUCUCUGAAAACUUAAAAAAACAAAACAACACACCCCAGUGGACUACCGGAGCCAUCUCAUCAAGCAUUAAAAAUAGUAUUAUGAAUACCAAGAUUUCCAAUGUGCAGUUGGAUUUUGGGCUAUACAAAACUGGUAACAUAAGCUUGGCAAUAGCCAGCGUUUUAUCGUACUCCCUAUAUGUAUUUUUGUUUUUUUUUAAUCUCAUGUUUGUGUUGUCAUUUAAGCAGUAUUGUUCAAAGGCUGUAUCUCCCUUUUUUGCCAUCUGAAAGAAGGAAUGUAAUUUUGAAAAAUAUCCAUUCGGCAC